ACUCCGACCCUUGCGCGACAAUCCUCGCUUCUGCAAACCGCGUCAUCUUUCCAACAGUCACGCGGCUCGACAUCGUGCGCAGAUCUCUUUCAAAUCGCCAUCCAAUUCAGUGCAGACCACGCAAGCCAAGGCAAGCCUCAGCAAAUACGUGCCGGGCCGCCUGUCUCGCGCGGACCUCGUCCUUGUGAAAAAAGAAUGGCAACCACGUCCGCCACCGGCGCGCUCGAGCCUCCUCGCGCAUCUCCUCAAAGACCGCGCCUGCGUCAAAACACGGAUCUCGUAGGCGCAGAACCUCUCGAGCCUCCGAAAGAAAGAUCGAGUGCAGAAGGGGAGCCUGCGUCUGCCACAUCACCAACAUCUUUGCGCUCAUACCAGACAUCCGGCUUUACAACUCGAUUUGGGACUGGAUGGAUGGCACCCACUGCUUCCAGCUCGCAGUCUGUUGCUGUAGAAGGACACCCUGGCAGAACAAACGGAGAGCGCGGCCAGCCUUCGUCCGAUGCAUUCAUCGACAUGGUUCGAAGGUCAUCCUCUCAGCAAAGCCACGCCAGAACCCCUUCGCGCCCUCUACUCAGGACGCGCAGCCCAUCGUCAAACGGCAGCAAAGCGUCAGCAGAUCAACAGCCAGGCUCGCCCAUCCGCUCCAAAGCUCCUUCCAUCUCCUCCCGUCAUUCUCAGAGCCCCAAAUCUGAGAGCGUGACGCUGACGAUGAGCUCGCCACGCUAUACUAGCAUGAUGACGUCCAGACCGCAGCGUCGCUCCUCCCUGGCACCCUCAGAGGCACCAUUGACGCAAGACAAUGCAGCUUUGAGCGACAUGGCCUACUUUUCCAUGCGGGGCAAGGCAGAGGAAAAGGCUGCAAAGGCGGGGAGCUCGAGCAGUGUGGACGCAACAUCCGCAUGUGGCACAAGCAACGUCGGCACCGUGUCACCUGGCUCAGAAGUCACGCUUGUCCCAAUCUCUGAGGAUGGCCGAUCCUUUCGAUUUGUGGAGCGUAGCAGCAACGACGCUUGCGCAUCUUUGGCAAACACACAUGCGCAUUCGCGCAGUCGCAGCGAUGCGGCUGCCAAUAGGACUUCAAUGAAGGCUGCUUCUGUCCAAUCAUGGCUCAAAAAGACCACGGAUGUUGGCGACGACGACGCAAAGGAAGGUGGUCAUGCCCGCGACCCGUUGAGCGCAUUGCCUGGAGAACGUCACGCUGCACAUCGAAGGGACGGCGACCCAAAAGACCUUGAUGAUCGUCGUGCGUCGGAUGGAAGUGCAGGGAUCAGCAUAGGAAGACGCGGCUACUCGAGUUCCUCGCAAGACAACUCCUCUGCGGAUUGGAUGUCGACAGACUCGGCCUCUUCCGCUUCCUCUCUUCAUCCCGCAGCGCUCUCGCCUCAUGAUCUUCGGCAAGACGCGGGCGACGGCUCCUCUUGCCCCGCUCUUUCCUCAAGUCCGGGUCUGACGGACGCCGGAGAUGUGAGCACCAGCGAUGCGCUCACUGAAGCUUCAUCCCUACCUACGCCUAGCUUCUGCGAUGGGCUGGAAGUCGACAAGGACCCGCUACACACCAUCGAGCGUCUGCAUCUCGAUGACGCGUGCGACAAAUGGGAAGUGCACAAAUCGAGCAGCCACGCUAUGCCUGAUUCGAUGCUUGCGACUCGUGUUCGCCCUGCUCUCAGCUGAGCGUGUUUGGCGCUCCUCUGGUCUGCCACUACUCCGCGCCCUUUCUCCAACGAACCGAACGACUUUGCAACGAAGAGUACGAAGAACUUGGGAAUACUAUACACGUCACCAUUUACUCUCACUCCAAGUAUACACAACAGUUCCGCGCGCAACAUGAAUGGGAGUGGUCUCGAUCGACUCUUGACCACAGUUUCAUUUUGGGAAUGCUCUCAUUCGCAUGCACGCAAACAUAUCAGCAGCCGACAAUUUGUUU